AUGCCAGCAGCCGAGCAGUCAUCAGCUGAUGCCCGCCGAAAGGCCGCUCGUGAAGUCAUCGACAUUCUUCAUGAAAUCGCAACAUUGCUAAAUACGCAUCUUGAUCGCCAACAACUGUCUUACUGCGUAUCGCUCAUCGAGAACGGCGCGAACCCGGAGGCAUUAGCGAAAGUCAUACUGCAGCUGCGCGAGGAAUAUCCAGCGAGUUCGGUUGACGGCGAUACAGAGGCUGGUGCAGCCGCGCGUUGA